AUGUCUUUAUCAAAGUGCUACACCUCUACACCAGAGACAACAAACACUGCUCGACUGGCGAGGCUAAUACUGGGUCCAUGUACUGAUGUGUUACGGGACAUUCUAAAGACAGAUGUGCAACCAUCUGAUUUGUCCAGAAAAGUUAAAGAAUUUACAGAUAAUCUUCCACAUGGACAAAGAAAUCCCCUCAACAAAACACAAUCAGAGAUUGUUUUCCCGAAAUCAACAAAACAAUACAGUGGUGAUUAUUCAGACUUAGACAUAUCCUUAUUGUAUUUUCUUCUACGCAAUGUAAGUAAAAUAGCACCACAUUCCAAAGGUUGGGGAGAGAUUCCUAAUCCCGGAGACAGAAGCGUUACAGCCAACAUUGAAAGAAUUCGCCUUCUUAGGAACAAAUACUACGGACAUUCAGCUGAUCUCUCUCUAUCAGAGUCAGAAUUUAGACAGGAAUGGCGAAACAUCCGGGACAUUGUGGUUGAGCUAGAGCGACAUCUAGGAACCAAAACGGUUUUCCAGGAUGCAGUCAACACGAUAAAAACCUGCUCCAUGGACCCAGAGCAAGAGAAAAAAUACAUAGACUUUCUUGGAGAUAUCCGAGAUCUUCAUACUACUGUGGAUUUUCUAUCAAAUAAUGUGCAGAUAACUCAAAGAGAACCAGCGCUCCCUCGUGACCCCAGAGUUGCAAGAAUGAUCGAAAGAACAAAAAAAAUGAUAUCAAAGCAUACUGAAGCCAUGAGCCAUCUAUUUGUAAAAACUCGUGCGUUUGACAGAGCGAAAAAACUGAUGGACAAUAAUAGGUAUGUCGUCAUCAAAGGUAACCCUGGAACUGGAAAAACCACAAUCGCCAAGAUGUUAAUUAAAGAAUUGAUGGAUGAUGGAAAAUUUCCUCUUCAGCUUUACAAGUUGACAGAUCUGUAUGGAAGCAUAUCACAGGACAAUGGCAUUGUGGUAUUCAUUGACAAUUUAUUUGGAGAAUUUUCAUUGUCAAGCCAUGAUGUUCAAGAAUUUAAAGCUAUGGCCGAGAUGUUAAAAGUGUUGAUUGAAAGUGACAAUGAUAAUAAAUCAAACAGAUUGAUAUUUGCACUAAGAAAUGAUGUUUAUCAGGAAUAUCUACAAAACGAGUGCGAUGACGAUUUUUUCAUGUCGUCCCUGGUUGAUCUAUCAAGCAAGAAAAAUGCAUUGCUGAAGGAAGAAAUCCUACAGCUAUCAGAAAAAUAUGAGCUAUCUAAAUACAUAGAAGACAAUGAACUUAUCAGUAAGGUGUAUGAAAUGCCAUUAACUAUAGGGUUUCCACAAUGUUGUAAAUUGGCAAGAAGCGAUGCAGCUAUUAAAGAAAAUGUAUGUGCCUUUUUACCAAAUCCAAUGAUGUUUUUGAAAAACUACUUCAAAACAUUAAUGAAAACUCGAACUGGAAAAACCGCUGCUUUAGUGUAUCUUCUCCUGAGAGGAGGAACAGUAGACUUCGAUUUGAUUGAUAACCCUCACAUGGAUUUUCAGAUGAAACGCACCUCUUUGGAGUUUUGUCUUGUUUAA